UGUUCCGGUAAAUCAGCAGGUAAAUAAUAAAUCAUAGAAAUGGACUGUCACUGGAAGAGAUUGAGGGGGUUCGGGGAAUCUUCUCCACAGAUACUCGCGAAGCUGCGGCUUUUUACUCUCACAUUAUUCAUAGAAAGCAAAGCUGAUACCAUACCUUGAAUUCUCAUCUCUCUGUCGGCAAAGUGUAAAAGGAGGGGAACAAAAGAAUAUCAACCUUUGGGAAGUUGGCGGCCUAAUUCGGCAACUAUAAGUACUGUUAUCGAGGUUUUUUCUGCUGGCUCUGUGCUUCUUCUUCGGAUACAUAAUUUGAGUUUCAACUCUGUUCUUUCCCGAAGACAAGGGGUUGGAUUGAGAAGUCAACGAUGCUCUUUUUGGCUUUGAUUCUUCUGGUGCUUGCAACCUUUCAGGAAGUAAUGUCUGAUGAACACCAGCCUCUCUCAAAAGUUGCCAUUCAUAAGACAAUAUUUGCUCUUCAUGAACAUGCUUAUAUCAAAGCCACUCCCAAUGUCCUUGGAUUGAGGUUUAAUGGGCAAAAUACAGAUUGGGUUAAACUGGAAUAUAGUAAUCCUAAACCAUCAAGUGAUGAUUGGAUCGGUGUAUUUUCUCCGGCAAAUUUCAGCGCUUCUACCUGUCCUGGGGAAAACAGAAUGGCUGGUCCUCCAUUCUUGUGUUCUGCACCUAUUAAGUUUCAGUAUGCAAAUUUCUCCAGUAAGGAGUACAGAAAAACAGGAAAAGGUUUCUUGAAGCUUCAGCUCAUUAAUCAAAGAUCAGACUUCUCUUUUGCUUUGUUUACGGGUGGUUUAUCAAAUCCCAGACUAGUUGCAGUUUCAAACAAAAUAUCCUUUGUGAAUCCAAAUGCUCCAGUAUAUCCACGAUUAGCACAAGGGAAAAAUUGGAAUGAGAUAACUGUAACUUGGACAAGUGGAUAUGGGAUUGAUGAAGCUGAACCUUUUGUUGAGUGGGGUGUUGAAGGUGGAAACCGCGUGGCAUCUCCUGCUGGGACCCUGACUUUUGACCGUAAUACCAUGUGUGGUGCACCAGCAAGGACCGUGGGAUGGCGUGACCCUGGAUUCAUACACACAAGUUUUUUGAAGGAGUUGUGGCCCAACAGAAGGCACACAUACAGGCUUGGACAUAGAUUAUGUAAUGGUACAAUUGUUUCAAGUCAGGAAUACCGGUUCAAAGCACCUCCUUUCCCUGGGCAAAAUUCACUGCAGCGUGUAGUCAUAUUUGGUGACAUGGGAAAGGCUGAAGCUGAUGGUUCCAACGAAUAUAACAAUUUCCAGCCCGGAUCACUCAACACUACAAAGCAAAUCAUUGAUGACUUGAAGGACAUCGAUCUAGUCUUUCACAUUGGUGAUUUAUGCUAUGCUAAUGGAUAUAUUUCACAGUGGGAUCAAUUUACUUCACAGAUUGAGCCCAUUGCAUCAACUAUACCUUACAUGAUAGCGAGUGGCAACCAUGAGCGUGACUGGCCAGGAACUGGAUCAUUUUAUGGCAACCUGGAUUCUGGAGGAGAAUGCGGUGUACUGUCUCAGACAAUGUUUUAUGUUCCUGCUGAGAACCGGGAAAAAUUCUGGUACUCUGUUGACUAUGGGAUGUUCAGGUUCUGCAUAGCAGACACAGAACAUGAUUGGAGAAGAGGAUCAGAUCAAUACAAAUUCAUUGAGCACUGCCUAUCAUCGGUUGACAGACAGAAACAGCCAUGGUUGAUAUUUCUUGCUCACCGGGUUCUGGGAUAUUCUUCUGCUAGUUUUUAUGUAGCAGAAGGCUCUUUUGAGGAGCCAAUGGGAAGGGAGGACCUUCAAAUCCUCUGGCAAAAGUACAAGGUUGACAUAGCCAUGUAUGGACAUGUCCACAACUAUGAAAGAACAUGCCCAUUAUACGAGAAUAUCUGCACCAGUAAAGAGAAGAACAAUUACAAGGGCUACUUGAGCGGGACGAUACAUGUAGUGGUUGGUGGAGGAGGAGCAUCACUUGCAGAAUUUGCCCCCAUAAACACGACAUGGAGCAUCUUUAAAGACCAUGAUUUUGGAUUUGUCAAACUCACAGCGCUUGAUCAUUCAAACCUCUUGUUUGAGUACAAGAAGAGCAGUGAUGGACAGGUUUAUGACUCUUUCAAGAUAUCCAGGGAAUACAGAGACAUCUUGGUUUGUGCUGUUGAUAGUUGCUCGCCCACAACAAUGGCAUCUUGAUUUUGUAUUUAGUUUUGUUGAAUAAUAUGAUGAUCUGUGCGGACUUGAGAAGGACAAUGUGGUCGGCUAUUGAAUAUUUCAAUGAUGAUGCAAGAAGUGUGAAGGAAUGUGUAAAUAAGAUUGCAUGAAAUGGAUAUUUAGUUUACUAAAAAUAA